AUGCCAAACGCAGAUACAGCGGCGAUGACUGCGGCAUACCAAGCUAAGAAACAUACUCAGGAUGCUUUGCAUGUGGUGAAUAGUACACUGCCUCAACCCGUCAUAUCUGUACCGCACCAUGAAAUAGCAAAGUUUUCACACACUAAGAAGGUGGGUCAAUAUCUCCUUGGUAAAACACUUGGUGAAGGAAGUUUUGCUAAAGUGAAAGAAGGUCUACAUGUCAUCACUGGCGAGACGGUGGCAGUUAAAAUAAUUGACAAAAUGAAAGCACGACAAGACCCCUACAUCCGCCGAAAUAUGCGACGAGAAGGUAAAAUACUACAAAUGGUACGACAUCCAAACAUCAUCAAAUUAUUAGAAACCAUGGAAACAGAUAAUCAUUACUAUCUCAUUAUGGAGUUCUGUAGAAAUGGCAAUGUCAUGAGUAAAGUGACAACAGCAUCAAAUUGCACUGGUAUGUCUGAAGCAGAAGUGAGAAAAUAUCUACGACAACUGAUAUCAGCAGUGGAUUAUUUACAUAGAGCUGGUAUCGUGCACAGAGAUCUGAAAAUUGAGAAUCUACUACUCGAUAAUGACGACAAUAUAAGAUUAAUAGAUUUUGGUUUGAGUAAUUGCAUGAAGUGCCUCCAAAAGUCAGGUUCAGUUAAUGAUCCUGUUACAACACCACGUACACUGUUCCAUACACAAUGUGGCAGUCCCGCCUAUGCUGCACCAGAGUUAUUGUCAAGAAAAACAUACAGUACAAAGGUUGAUGUAUGGAGUGUUGGUGUAAAUAUGUUUGUAUUAUUAACUGGACGCUUACCAUUCACCGUCGAACCAUAUAAUCUGAAAAAAUUGUUCAGUAAAAUGAUUCACCGUGAUAUGAAUUCAAUUCCACCCUUCCUGUCACAGG